AUGAUUCAGGCAAUUUACCUUCAUGGAAGGAACUAAUAAGAUCCUAAUCUUAAUUAACUAAACAUAGAAGCUUUUAAGAAAAAGAUAGAAGGGCUUAAGCGGAAAAAGACUCUCAAUAAGGUAGCUGAGGAAUUCGAGACUAGUGGUUAAAACAAUGAGGAUUCUGUUGGAGCUCUAAAUAUAUAAAUUUCAAACUCCGAUUCCAAAUAGAAAACGAGAGACUUAUCUAAUAAAAAAAACUAGAAAAAUUCAUAACCUAUAAUAUAGAGAUACAAAAGCUUGUAUCAGUAGACUUAACUGAAAUCACCAGACUUCUUAGAUAUUUCGCAAAUGUAAACAUACAGAGACAAUGGAGAAUACAAAAUGAAUGGUGGAACGAAUUUCUUAAAAAUAGAGCAUGACCCAAAUUUAUUUUACGACUCAUAAUAUGAGUUCGAUAAUCAAUCACAAGAAAACAUCUUAAGCAGUUCUCAUCAUGGAAUAACGUUGCAGAACCUAAUGACCACAUAAAAAGUUGAACAAACAGUCCUUAGGAAAAUGACUACUAUUUAAGAUCAUAAAAAAAUCAUUACAGAGCCGGAAAUUCAGUUAAACAAUAUGCAUUCCCUACAUCAGCUAAACUAGCAAUACUUGAAUGAUCUGAAAAAUAAGCAUUUUGACCCUCCUACCCUCAAUCUCUUUGACAACCUACUUGCUGCUCAUUUAGUAAAGGAAAGGGGCCAUACAAAUAAAGUAAAGAUUUUCAAAAUCAAUAACCUUACAAACACUUCGACUACUAUAACUGAAAGACUUAUUUACUAAGCUUCUCAGGGAACUAAGGAUAUAAUUAAAGGUCUGAUAUUUAAAAAAAGUUCGACGAAACUAAGCAAAAAAGUUAUAACUUUAAAUGCAGAACAGCCAGCUUGCCAAUCAAUGAUUAGAAUCGUCAGGGUGGAGAAAGCAAAGAGAUAAGACUGUUCAUUCUCAUGUUCAAAUAGAUAUAAGAAGCUAUUCAAAAUUUCUCUGGAAUAAUUAAAUAAGAACUAAACUAUAGGGUUUUUAAUGAAUGAUGGCCCGAAGUUCAAGAUCCUAAGUAUUCACAAGAAAUUGCUUUAUGAGAUCCUAGUCCACAGUGAUGAGAAAGUAUCAUUAAGACUUGCCAAUCAGAAUAUUAACAUAGAUGACAUUAUAUUAAUGAAUAAUAACAAAGAUUACACUCUGAAAUACCCAGCUUAUAUACCUUGGCAAGAAAAAAUACUUCUACUUUCAGUUGUAACUAUGGUUACUUUGGGUGUGUACUGA